AUGAAACAAGAUCAUGAACAGAAGAUUCAUGUGUGCAGAUAUUGUGAACAAAGUUUUUCGAAUGGGAAGAAGCUGGGAGGUCAUAUGAGGGGUCAUUUAGCGUUAAUUUCAGCUAGCAGAAAAAAGGGUACUCGAGAAAAUGAUCAAGAAGCUAUUAAUCGCGAAAAGGGUGUUCAUAUUUUUGAUGAUGAUGCUGAUGAUGAUGAUGAUCACGUAAUCAAGAAAAGUAAAUGUUUUGAUCAAGAUUAUCAUCCUAAUGGCAGAAAACAGGGUAUUCAAGAACAUGAUCGAAAAGUUAUCAAUGUCGGAAAGCGUCUUGAUGAAGAAGAUAGCGAAUUAAUCAAAAUGAGUCAACAGCGAUUGGGUAUUUACGAAGCUUAUGAUGCUAAUGGCAGAAAACAUGGGAUUCAAGAACAUGAUCAUGAAGUCGUUAAUGGCGACAAGUGUCUUGAUUUUGAUGAUGAUAAUGACGAAAAUAGAAGUCAACAAACAAUUGAUUUUGACCAAGAUUAUGGCGCUAACGUGUACGUUCUAAGAGAGAACCCUAAAAGAUCAUGGAGGGUUUCGAGUUCAAAUUCAAAUCCAAAUUCAUCAAAAGCUUUUGCUUCACACAAAAGAUGUCAUUCAAGAAAAGAAACGAUCAAGAACACUGUGUGUGAAAAAUGUGGGAAAGGUUUUGAUUCAGUGAAGGCUUUGUAUGGUCAUAUGCGAUGUCAUUCCAUCAAAAGAUCUCAGCCGUUGGAUGAAUCAUCUGCAUUUUCGUCAUCAGAUGAACACGAACAUGAACAUGAUGAUGACGAUGGAGUAGCAAAUCCUGUAAGAAAAAAGAGAUCAUGCACAAGAACUCUUGAAAAGACUGUUGGAGUUGACUUUUUGGAUGAUGGGUCAAUGGAGUUUUGUAAAUUCAAGAGCAAUUCUGAAUUGGGUUUGAGAAAAGAUUUGGUUGUGGGGUCCGGGUCGGGUCAACUUAAUACGGGUCGGUUCGGGUCAACUCUAGUGAAGUCCAAGUCAAUUGGUCAAGAUUUUACUGAUUCUGAGAUGUCGAUCGAGUUAAAAAGAAGAUCAAAGGACUAUAAAUGCCCGAUUUGCUUCAAAGGAUAUGUGUCGAUUCAAGGUUUGGUUAAACAUGAAAGGGUCCAUAACAAAAACCGAAAGCAAAGUGAUAGAGAGUGA